ACUAAAGGCCCUGGCUUUUCAACCCAAACUCGUUCGCCUAUGCCCAAUACUCGUUCGCUAGCUCAUAUGGGGCCCUCUAGCAACAGGACCAAUGUCUCUCACUCUGGUGACAAUAGACCCAUUUGUCAGAUCUAUAGUAAAAAGGGCCACAUGGCCCUUGAUUGCUAUAACCGGUUUAAUUUCUCCUAUCAAGGCCGCUUACCACUAUCGGACCUUGCGGCUAUGGCAGCUGAAGGUAACACUUCUUAUGCUCAACAGGUAUGGUAUGCAGAUAGUGGGACCAAUGCCCAUAUUACUAGCAAUACGGUAAAUCUCACCACUUCGCAGUCCUAUGAAGGAGAAGAAACUAUCACAGUUGGAAAUGGCUCAGGUUUGGUGAUUCAAAAUAUGGGAGAACAACACGGGGCGACUACAACUCCAAGGGCAAGUUAAGAACGGACUCUAUCCAAUUGCAGAUGAUAAAUCUUGUUCAAAUAAAAUUUUGUGUUUUGUGGCUAAACUCGACGUGGCGACCAC